CAGGGCAAGUCCAGCUCCCGCUUCCAGGACUUCUUCCCUUUGUUGCCCCCACCCUGCACCUGCGCUGCCGGACAUGGCUACCGCAUUCGCGCCCUGGCAUGUGCGUCAUAACUACCACCCGGAGUGUGAGGCCGCCAUCAACAACCAGGUCAACUUGGAGCUGCACGCCUCCUACGUGUACAUGUCCAUGGCCUGCUACUUCGACCGUGGAGACGCGGCCUUGAAGCACUUCAGCCUGUUUUUCCUUCGGCAGUCGAACAAGGAGAGGGAGCACGCGGAGUAUCUGUUGGGGCUGGAGAGCCAGUGUGCUGCCAACCCCCGCCUGCGCAACAUCCCCAGGCCUGAGGAAGGGAAGUGGGAGAAUGGCCUGAGGGUCAUGGAGUGCGCCUUGCACCUGGCGAAGAGAGUGCACCAGAGCCUGCUGAAUCUGUACCAGCUGUCCAGGGAGAAGCAUGGCAAGGUCUGUCACUUCCUGGAGCGUGACUACCUGCGUGACCAAGGGAUGUUCAUCCAGGAGUUGGGGGAGCACAUCACCAACCUGCGCAAGCUGGCGGCCCCGGAAGAUAGCCUGGCAGAGUCCCUCUUUGACAAGCUUACUCUGGGCGGCAGCAAGAACUGAGCAGGGACUGCCUUCCCCAUAGCCUCGGGGUGACUUCCCUUUUCACCGUGCUGAGCGUACCUACUGCCAUGUUGCCCUUCAAAAG